AGUGCUUGAGCUGCUAUCUAGGUUGGGGUCGCGAGCACAUCUUCUCUAGAAGCUCUCGUUUCUGGUGCAAGUGCAACCCUUUUCGUCACGCACAAUUUUCAUACUCCUCCAUCUCGCCUCAAUCAUCUAGGGUUUCACCGCCCUGGUUUGGGAAGACGAUAACAGCGUUUUUGCCAGGAACUCCCAGCUGCCAUGCACACAGCCGAUGAAGGUCUACCAUCCAGGUUCUUCGAUCAUUUCACUAUCCCUACAUCUCACUAGCCAUUUAGUGCUUUUCUGCACCGCGCGACCUCUUGGGUUCGCCAGCCAUUGAAUCGACGUGGCCCCGUAUCCAGUCUUCAUGUUCUGACCUAAAACGCUGGGUACCGUCAUUGCUGCCAUCGAGUCCGUUCAGCUGAGGCGCAGCAUCUGAAUGUCCUGACGCCUUUUGUUAAUUCUACGGUCUCUAACUAAGUAUCGGUUGGGAGAAUCGGAUUCGAGAGCAUUCUAGUCGACAGUUUAAACUUCGCCAGGUUCUAGCUACCAGAACCGUAAAUUUAGGGUUAGACUCCUUUUCGGGAAUGCCGCCAUCGACUCAGCAACAACGUGUCGGUCCUGUUGCGGUACCUGCCGGUACCGCUCUGAACCGAGAUCGGCAGGCGAACCGGCAGAGGGACAGGCGGGAGAACCAGGAGAACGAGGGGGCGGCUAAUAUGGCGAAUAGCGUGAAGCGCCGGGAGGUUAGGAAUCACCUGAGAGGCCUUCAGGCGCAAGUUGCGGAGUGCUCCAACCGCAACGAGCUGAGCAUCGGGUCGUCCAAGUUUGAAGAGAUUCUGGAUAAAGCCAACAAGCUGACGACCGACUUGGGCGCCUCCAGGGACGUGAAGGUGCAGAUGCGCGAGAAGCUUAUGGACGCCGACGUGCUGGACGGCCUCUCGCAGGUGCUCUCCCAGUCCACCGACGCCCUCGUGCGCUGCCACGCCGCCACUCCCGAGCAGUUUGUUGCGGCGCUUAGGAAGAAGUACCUCGGAGGGGAAGGAGGAGGAGAGGGGGAGGAGGGUGUGCUGGAUUGGGUGCAGAUGGGGAGGGAUUUCGGGCUUGAGCUGGUGCGGCCGGCUUGGACAAUCGGCACCAUGCUGGGGCCCAUGGAGGCGGAGGCACCCAAGCGCAGGGCGGCAGGAGUGAGGCGCAAGAGAGAGGCGGUGGGGGCCACUGUGGUUCCCGCGCAGUUGAACAAGGGGAAGGGCAAGGACGGGGAAGGAGCAGGGGGAGAGGGGGGCAGCAAGGAGACGGCAACGGAGGGCACGGUGAAGGAGAUGUAUCGGAGGCUCAAGAGGGCGCCGCAGCACCGCGUGCAGCUGCCGCACCUGCUGCUGUCGCGGUCGUCCUUUGCGCACACGGUGGAGAACAUGUUCGCGCUCUCGUUCCUCGUCAAGGAAGGCCGCGUGGGGCUGAGGCCCAACCCUGUCUCGGGAGCUACUGUCGAUCUCCGCCCGCCUGCUCCGGAGCCCGCGUCUAGCAGCGGCCAGGCCAACGGGCAGUUCGUCAUGCGCUUGGACAUCAACGACUGGAAGAAGCUGUGCCAGUCUGUUCCUGAGGGAGACGAGGUGAUGAGUGCCCGCAUGCCAAGAGGGGGAGGGGCAGGAGAGGGAGGAGCAAGAGCAGCAGGCGGAGCAGGAGAAGCAGCAGAAGCAGGAGGGGCGGAUGGGGCGUUCUAUCAGACGCAGCAGCAGCAUGAGGCGCCGGUUCGCAAGAUCAGCCGGAAUCGCGCGAGGGAGACGGAGAGUCGGGCAGGGGGAGGGGUAGGAGGGGGGUACGGUGGAGGGAGGGGGGGCGAAGGGGAGGAGGAGGACCUUGGUGGGGGUGGGAGGUUGAGGAAGAUGAGGAGGAUGGGGUGAUACUGGUGGGGUCAUGUGGUGCUGGUGGGGGUGUGAUGCUGGUGCGGUGCUGCUGGCGAUGGUGGUGGUGGUGAUGGUGUUGCAGCAGCACAGGAUUGUGAGGGUUAAAAGGUUGACUGACAUUAAUGGUGUUCCUGCUGCUGCUGCUGCUGCUGCCACUGGUGGUGCUGGUGCUGGUGCUGGCACUGGUGGUGCUGGUGGUGCUGGUGAUGGUGGUGCUAAUGGCUAAUCCAGCGUUGAUGCUGUUCUGCUGAUGGGUUUCAUAGGAUUGUGAGGGUUGUUAGGAUUGACGUGGCAUCAGUGCUGUUGCUGCGCUUGCUCCUGCUGACGUUUAGUGGUGAAGGGAGUAGGGUAAAGCAGAGGGCUGCUAACAGUAGGAGCAGCUGCUGGGGUUCGCGUCGCGGCUGAGGCAAUAAAGUUGUGAGAGUUUGUCGUACGAAGGAACACAGGCCAGGGGUUGGCAGUAGGUAGGAGAGCAGGAGGGAAAGUACCUUGGUGCCUCGAUGAGCAGGAUAGUAGCUUGUUUGAAUGCAGCAGGGUGGGCAGUGGGCACAUCUUGUGCUUCUUUCUACCCUUAGUAGGUUUGGUAGAGUCUGUCAAUAUGGUUAGAGUGCUGGGCUGGGUGUCAAUCUCUCCUCGUCACGCAAAGCAUUCAAAAUAAAGCAAAUGCCACGCU